UUUUCUAUAAAAUAAUAUUUUUUUUGCCUUGGCAUGUUAUAUCAAACACUGAACGCAUUGAAGUGUAAAAAAUAAUAUAUGUUAAUUUCAAUAAUCUAUUUCAAUUAAGUAGCGCCUUCAAAUUUUACAAAUCUAUUAAUAAUAUAUAUGAUACAUUAAUUUUUUUAUAUUUACAUUAAUUGAUUAUUUUUUUUUUUUUAUCAGAAAUUUUAAUAUUUUUUACAAUUGUAUCAAUAAAGAUAAUAGAAAUGUAUAGCAAUUAUAAAAAGAACUCAAUUUUUUUUUUUUUUUAGUUACACAGUCACAAGUCUCAUCUAUUACUACUUAUAUUAAUAAAAAGUAACAAAAAAUUAUAUAAAAUAUCGUACUAACUAUAUUUUUCAACUUCUUCAGGAGAAAGAAAAAAAUUCUCAAAUUUUAUAAGCAAAAAUAAAGAGAAAUAAAUAACAGAUCGAAACUACAAUGCAAAAGUUUUCAUAACUUAUAGUUAGUCAAAAAGUAUUUAAUUUUUCAUACAUAUAUUGAAAUAUAUAUAAUAAUAAUUAUUAUAACUUGAAAAAAUUUCAACAUUUAAAAAUGAAUAUAAUACCACCAAAUCCACUACAGACAGUACAAUUAAUACCUGUUUACAGUUAUUUAUGCCUACUAAGUGAUUUUUUAAUUGAUGAAAAUUAUUUGCCAGAAAUGAAUCAUACUAAACAAAUACCAGUUAUUAAUGCACUUUAUAAAUAUUUAGAUGAUAAUCGUAAUAGACAAUUUAUGAAAAUUAAAUUAAUUAGAAAUAUAUUAAUGAGAAGUGAUCUUUAUGGUGGUGAAAGAAGUGAAAAAAUUGACAUCACUUUCGUUAAUGCAAUGUUUGACUAUAUCAUUAGUUCUCUUGUAUUUGACAAAUAUGGUAAUAUUUAUGGUUUCUUAACGGAAGUUUUUCGCAUGGCAGAAAAUUUAGAAAUUGAUUACAUAUUAAAUAUAACAAGAAAACAUCUUCAAAAUGCAUCAUUUGAAAAUGAAUAUGGUGAUAGAUCAAUUUUAAGUUCAUUAGCAGUGAAUAGAAUAUACAACGAUAUAAUAUUGCCUCUAUUUCCUCGACCAAAGACAAAUAUUAAUUUAUCUUCUUUUGAUUAUAUUUAUGCACAAGCUGGUUUAAUGUUUCUUCAACUUGGUAAACAAAAUCCUGUCUAUUAUUGUGAUUUAGGAGAAUGUAAUUCGAUAAGUUUGAAUUACGAUAAAUUAUUUGAUGAAUUUGUAAUAACUGGACAUUUAAUUGAAAAAUUAUUUUUAUCUCAAAAUAAGAAUUUGCAACUAUUAAAAGUUUUUGCACUACCAGCUCUUUCUUAUUAUAUGUUUAAUACAAAAUAUUUAUAUGCUUAUGAAAAUAUAGCAAAUAUUAUUUCUGAUUCAAAUUUUUGGCGUCAAGCUUAUAGGGAUUUAUUUCAAUAUACAUUCGAUGCUUUUAAUAAUACAAAUGAUCCAUUAAGUAUAAGAUCAAAAUUUUUAGAAACUAUAUGUGGUGAAACAGUACAUAAUUAUUUGAAAUUUGGAGGGGAAUAUAUGUUUUUAGGAAAUAUAAAUAAUUUUGAAGCUUUACGAGAAGAAUAUAGAUUAUCUUUAAGUAAAGUUUUAAGUAGAAAUAGAAUAUUUAAAGAUAUUUCUUUACAUAUUGAAGAUCCUGCAUUUGAAUUCAACUUUAUAACUAAGGACGAUAUAAAUUUACUGGAAAAUAUAACUUAUGUUUUAAUAUCAAAAAUUAAUUUAAAUUUGACAUUUAUUAAAAGUGCACUUUACAUCAUGAAAAUAUUAAAAUCAAACACUAUUAGAAUCGUUGGUGCUUUUGAUGGACACACGAGAAAAUUAAUUUAUGUUCAUACUGUUAAUAAUCAAACAAUUACUGGUUAUGGUUAUAAGUUUAUGUCUUUAUCAGAAAAUUUAACGGAAAAUGUAUAUUUAAGAACUGAUUAUGAAUUGGAAAAUGAAAGUUUAGUUUUACUAAUUGAUGAUAUUUUAGAAUGUGAAGAAAGAUAUAUUAUCCUAAAUACAGAAACUCUUAAACAUGAACCUAAUUCUUUUAUGUACAAUUACAAUAAUCAAAUUCGAAAUAAAAACACUAAAGUUUCAUUUUCUGGAAUAUCAAUCUAUCACGAUGAUGAUAAUUGUAAUAACGAUACAUAUUUCCAAUAUUCUAAAGAUCAACAUGUUUGUCUAAGACAAUGGAAUUUAAUGACUAAACUUGGGUUUAUGGAAAAUAUUGUAAAAUUUGUACAAGAUAAUACAAAUCUUUCUGAAGGAGAAAUACAUACAACAUUAAGUAAAUACACAUUUCCAGAUAAUACAUCAUUGGAGUGGUUUGCUGAAAAUUGGAUGGAAAAUAAAAAGUUAAAAGAACCUAGUUGGUAUAAAAAUUACAUAAUAGACAAUCCUCAACAUUUUAAUAUAUUAAGGUACAGUUCUCGUCUUGAAAAACACCGCAUCUUCGAUACUGAUGGUAUAUUUAGGAUUCACUCCAUUUACUCAUACAGAGAAAGACGAAGAAUUGAAAAAGAAACUUCAAUUAAAAAUAUAAUUAAAGAUUACAACGAUCAGAAAGCAUAUUUUUCAGCUACAUUUGAAGAUUAUUAUGCUGUUCGAAAUUACGCUACAACAGGAUAUAAAAGAAUAACUGCGGAUACAAAUGAAGCAAAACUAAUGAAACUUGCUUUAUAUAAUUUAGCAAUAAGACAAUCUGACGAUCCUAUUCAGGAAUAUGAAUCAAAACUUUUUAUUGUUGAAUCUAAACGUAAUAGUGAUGGUAAAAAUAAUAUACUCCUUAAAAAAACAAUAACUCUACAAAAAUUUACAAUAGCUUCUACAGAUUUGGAAACUGCUAUGAGAUUUGCUGUUUAUCCAGCGGAUGGAUUUAUAAAUGUCAUAUAUGAAAUGAAAUUCAGCGGACCGUAUAUAAAGGUGAAAAUAGAUCAAUUUUAUAAUAGUAACGAGAAGAAAAUAAUUCUUUUGCCUGGUAGUGAAUUUACUGUUACAAGUAAUAAUAGAAUAAAAUAUAUUGAAAAAUUGGGUACUGUUUAUGUAUUAAAAUUAGAGUUUAAACAUGAUAUUAUGGAAAAAUACUCAAUGUAUAAAAAGAUCAUGAAUGAAAUGGAGCAAAUUCAGUUUUGAUAUAGUUAAUGAAAAGUUUCCUGACAAAUUUGUAAAUUUAAUAAAAAUUUAAAAAUAAAGAAAACAUUUCUUUGUCUUGGAGUAUAGUAAAAAUAAUUUUUGUUAAAAACAAUUUUUUUGUAUUGAGUAAAUAAAUUGUUGAAUAUUAAUCCUCAA